UGUCUUAUGAAUCCUGCACUCAAAUACGCUCCUCUGUACCAAUACAAUGUCAGCUAGCAACAACAAGCGAUCGACCAGCGAAGAUUGGCAGAAAGGCAAUGAAGGGCCUUCUAGAUCUUCAAAACGCGUCCGGUUUGGUGGUGGAAGAGGCAGGGAAGGUUCAAUCGAUUCGCUCGAAGAGAUUGAUGAUUCAGAUCUUUUGGAGACGCGUAAGACAAGACGAGGGGGUGUCACUGUAGUCGAGUAUGGCUCGGGAGGGGAAAGCAGCGACGAUGAAGCAAUGGAUCUCAAGAAGAAAAAGACACCCGUUGAUGAGAUUUUCACUGCAGAAGGUGGAGAAGCUAUUACUGUGGAAGAAGAAGAGGAAGACAUGUUUGCAGAUCCAGAUGAAAUUGAACGACGAAAGAUCGAAAAGAAAAGGAAGGCUGCCUUGAGUGGCAAAGGCAAGAGCAAGGCGUUUGACCGGUCCGAAAUCGAGGGCGAGGACUUGGACUUGAAUGUACUGGAUGAAAAUGAGUUUGACUCUGAAGGCAAUCCGAAGAUUGAGGCAUUGAAUAUGAAAGCUGAAUUAGAGGAAGGAGAGAUUGAUGAGAAUGGCAAUUUUGUCCGUAAGCUCGACCCAGAGCGCUUUCAUGAUGUGUGGCUCGAGGGCGUCUCUAGGAACGAGAUCGAAGCAGCACGAGUGGCUCACGAACGUAAAUUAAAGCAAGCGCAGACCGAGGAAAAGGAGGAAGCAGCCAAAGCCAUGUCAAAGGAAGAUAUUUAUCUAGAGCUGGUGAACAUAUUAAGGCCAUCAGAGACAGUCAUUGAAGCGCUGCAACGGCUUGGCGGAGGCAAAAAGGCGGGGUCAAAGGGCGCCAAGAACCACCCUAAGAAGAAGGGCUGGCAGAAGAACAAAGCCAUGGACGAAGAUGUGCCUGAAACUUCUGUUGUCUCGCCAGAUGUUGAGGGGGAUAAGAGGAAAAAGCUGAUUGAGAAACUGACCGACCUCAGCGAUCGAAUGAUGGCUAUGGGUCACUUUGAUAUCUAUGAGGAGACAUAUGAGCAGAUAGUCAGGUUACUACGAAAGGUGGAUAUCAUUGCUGAUGAUUGGGAAGUCGGGACACCAGUUUUGAAGCCGGGAGAACAGGCACAGGCUAUGCUGGAGGAUGAUCCGUUAUUUGCUAGCACCGUCAGCUGGGAAUAUAAAUGGGCAAAUCCGUCCGAAGAUCAGGAUGCCGAUGAAAUUUUCGGGCCCUUUUCUGGAGCAGAAAUGAAAUCUUGGAAUGAUCAGGGCUUCUUUAGCCAAGGGAUUCUGGCCCGAAGGGUUGGCGACAGUACUUUCGAGCCAGGUCCCUCUAUCAUAUUUGAAUAGAUCUUUUUUUUUUAUAAUCUGCAGCAUACAUUUUUUAUUUGCUGUAAAAAUUUAUGCUUCGCCUAAACUAAGGGCAGGUAUUUAUAAGGGUUCAUGAUACCAUUAGGAUCGAUCAGCUGCUUGAACCGUCUCAUCAACUGGAUCAUGGAUGGGGACUUUGAGUAAUGCAGAUGAUUGUUCUUUGACAAACCCAAACCAUGUUCAGCAGAAAUGGAUCCAGCGUGUCUCGCUAUAAACAGGAGGGGAGGUAAUUAUGAGUCGUGAGAGGACGAGACAAAAGAUGCCGAAGCGUCAGUCAUAAUAGCUUACCUGUCCAUUCGAAGAUGUAUGGCU